UGGCGGCGGGUGCGUGAGCGGGGCGGUCGGGGAGGCCCGGCGGGAGCGCGGCCGCCGCCGCCAUGAAGGGCAAGGAGCGCUCGCCCGCCAAGGCCAAGCGCUCCCGGGGCGGCGAGGACUCGGCGUCCUCCUCCUCCUCCUCGCGCGGCAGCAAGAAGCCGAGCGGCUCGUCCGGCGGAGGCUCCAACGGCGGGAAAGCGGCGGCGGCGUCCGGCGAGAGCAACAGCGGGAGCGGCCGGCGCGGCGCCCACGCGGACAAGGGCGGCCGCGCCGGCAGCCGCGAGUACGAGACCGGUUCGGCGGCGGCCGCGGGCGGCGGGGGCCGGCACGGCUACAGCGGUAAAUCCACGGAGGCGUCGCGAAGCAGCAGCAGCCGCGGCGGUGAAUCGCGAGCGGCCGCCGCCGCCUCCUCCUCCUCCUCCUCGUCGGAGCCGGGCGGCGGCGAGUACAAGACGCUGAAGAUCAGCGAGCUGGGCUCGGCGCUGAGCGACGAGGCGGUGGAGGACGGGCUUUUCCACGAGUUCAAGCGCUUCGGCGACGUGAGCGUCAAGAUCAGCCGGCUCCCGCCCGGCGCGGGCGCCGCCGACGAGCGCGUGGCCUUCGUCAACUUCCGCCGGCCCGAGGACGCGCGCGCCGCCAAGCACGCCCGCGGCCGCCUCGUGCUCUACGACCGCCCGCUGAAGAUCGAGGCCGUCUAUGUCGGCGGAGGCGGCGGCCGCCGGCGCAGCAGCCGCUCCCCGGCGCUGCUGGACAAGGAGUCUCCCUACGGCGCGGCGGCGGUCGGGGCGGUGGCGGCCGCCGUGCGGCACCCGCCGGCCGGGGCUGCGCAGCGGGCGCUGUCCCCCGCGGGCAGCGGCGGAGCUUUGGGGUACCGGGACUACCGGCUGCAGCAGCUCGCCCUGGGCCGGCUCCCGCCGCCGCCGCUGCCGAGGGAGCUGGAGAGGGAGCGGGACUAUGGCGGCUUCUACGAGGCGCGGGUGCGGCCGGCCUACGGGCUGGAGCGCGUGGCCGGCGUGGCGGCGGCCGGGGGAUUCCGUGGAGGAGGAGGUGCCGGAGCGGCCACUGAGGAGGAGAUCAGCCCUGAGGAUGACCAGAGAGCCAACCGCACGCUGUUCCUGGGCAACCUGGACAUCACCGUGAGCGAGUCGGACUUGCGGCGAGCGUUCGACCGUUUUGGGGUCAUCACUGAGGUGGACAUCAAGAGGCCGGGGCGUGGGCAGACCAGCACCUAUGGGUUUCUUAAGUUUGAGAAUCUGGACAUGGCGCACCGGGCCAAGUUGGCCAUGUCAGGGAAGGUGCUGCUGCGCAACCCCAUCAAGAUCGGGUACGGGAAAGCCACCCCGACCACCCGGCUCUGGGUGGGCGGCCUGGGGCCCUGGGUGCCCCUGGCCGCCCUGGCCAGGGAGUUUGAUCGGUUUGGCACCAUCCGCACGAUCGAUUACCGCAAAGGGGAUUCCUGGGCCUAUAUCCAGUACGAGAGCCUGGACGCGGCGCAGGCAGCCUGCACCCACAUGCGGGGGUUCCCCCUGGGGGGGCCGGAUCGCCGGCUCCGCGUAGACUUUGCCGACACGGAGCAUCGGUACCAGCAGCCCUACCUGCAGCCCCUGCCCUUGCCGCCCCCGGCUCAUUACGAGCUUGUGGCGGAGGCGGCUGCUUUUGGGGCUCACCGGGGAGCCCCCCCCGACCCUCUCCGGGGGGCCCGGGACAGGACGCCACCGUUGCUCUAUAGAGACCGUGACAGAGACCUUUAUCCUGAGACAGAGUGGGUGCCCCCGCCGCCCCCUGUGCGGGACCGGAGUAAUCGGGCAGCUGCCUAUGACCCACUGGAAAGCCUGGAGCGCCGCCGGGAUGGGUGGUCCUUGGAGCGGGACCGCGGGGAGAGGGAGCUGGGCAGUAGCAGUAGGGAUCAGCCUAGGAAACGGAGACUGGCGGAGGAUGGAGGCCGGCACUUGGACCGUUCCCCUGACAGCGAGCGCUCCUCUUCCUCCCGAAAGCGCCACUGCUUGGCCACAACCUCUCCCCCGGACCGCAGCCCCGAGCUGCUCGGAGGCCGGGAGCGUUACAGUAGUGACCCUGAGCGCUCAUCCCGCUUGCUCCUCUUGGAGCGACCUUCCCCCGUCCGGGAGUCCCGUCGGGGCAGCCUGGAGCGGGGGCAGAACGAAAAGCGCGACCGCAAGAAUUCCGCAGAGCGGGAGCGCAAGCAUCGCGCCGCCGCUGCCGCCCAGGAGUGCAAAAGUCCGGCCAAAAAGGACGAGCGGGCGGCGGAGGGAGGUGGCGGAGGCUCCCGGCUCAAACCUCCUCCCCAGAAACAGCAGCAGGAUGGGGCAGCGCAGGCCGGGGCAGCGCCCAAACUGUGCCUGGCUUGGCAGGGGAUGCUCCUGCUGAAGAACAGCAACUUCCCGUCCAACAUGCACCUGCUCCAGGGGGACCUCGGAGUCGCCAGCAGCCUCCUCGUGGAGGGAGCGACUGGGGGGAAAGUGGCUCAGCUCAAGAUCACCCAACGUCUCCGUCUGGACCAGCCCAAGUUGGACGAGGUCAACCGGCGCAUCAAGGUGGCGGGUCCCAAUGGAUACGCCAUCCUUCUGGCCGUGCCCGGCGCCUCAGACAACCGCUCCGCAGCCGGAGCUGCCGAGGCCGCCACCACCUCCACGCAGAGGCCGCUCAGGAAUCUGGUGUCCUACCUAAAGCAAAAGCAGGCUGCUGGGGUGAUCAGCCUCCCUGUGGGGGGGAACAAAGACAAGGAGAACAGCGGGGUCCUGCACGCCUUUCCGCCCUGCGACUUCUCCCAGCAGUUCCUGGACUCCACGGCCAAGGCGUUGGCCAAAUCAGAGGACGACUAUCUGGUCAUGAUCAUUGUCCGUGGGGCAUCCUAAGGCCCUCGUGUUCUGUUCCCAACCCUGCCUACUCCUCCAUGCAGCCCCUCCAGCGUGUGCCAGCAAGUCCCAAGAGCUCGUCCUCGGGAGAGCUCCAAACCGAACAGACCAGAUUUAAAGCACUCAGUGGAGAUGGAAAUCCAUACUUUAAUUACAGACUGGUGUCACCUCCUCUUUUGAGUCCUUGAAAUUCCGUGUGGGCCUCAGGCCAGCGGCCCUUGGGCCCGUGGGAUCCCUUCCCUCGGGAGCCGCAGUGGUUUCCCCGUUGAGUCGCGUGGCUCAAGGUCGACGUUUUUCAGCAAAUCUGGUGGACUGCAGAAGACAACCGCAUGGGAUACCAAGCUCUAAUGGACCUUUGGGAAGAGAAGCUGUGGCUUAUGUGGAAUUUACAUGGGCCUCCUGGUGGAAGAAAGCUUAUCUGUUUAGUAUUUGUGCAUUUUACUAAAAUGGCAGCUUUAAAAAAAAAAAAAAGUUGUGUAUCUGCUAUUGUGAUGCCAAUGCCCGUGUUUUAAGUGGAAAAAAAAAUGACCUCUUUGCUUUGUGCUGUGUACACAAGAUUGCUGGAAAAGUAAAGGAAUACCCUUUUUAUGGCUCACACAGCUUAAAAGUAGCUGUCACUCAAACAUGCGCUCACAGUUGAGCUGAUUUUGUUUCAUUCUAAAUAAAUUGUUUCUUUUGAGGAAAAUGGUUUUUCUGCCUGGAAGUGAAUUGACGACAAACGUUUGGCCCCUGUGUUGGCAGCAGAGGGGUUCCUGCUGCUGCUGCCCAAUUGAGCUGAUAGUUGUGGGUCUUGAGCAAGAAGCAGGGAGAGCACCGACACUUUGCGUUGAUCGACCUGUGGUACCAGUCAGAAGAAUUGUAUCUGAUGGCCUUGCUGUGGCCCCCGUGUUUGCAGUGAAAAAGGGGUCACUUGCUGCGUUUCUCCUCAGCGGGACGGGGCAGCGGUGCUGCUGCUGGCAUGCAAGAAGCAGGGAAGCACCACCCUGCGCCUCGGAACGGUGGCCAAGUCUGGGGCUUCGCUGGUUGGAAGAGCCGGAGUUCCUGAAUUUUAAGUUUCUGAUUUAUUUUGUUCACCCAACAUGUUUGCCUUUAGUUUUGAUUCUUGGUUUUUUUUUUUUUUAAUUUUGAAGAAAAAAAGUUUUGAAAUUGCUUUGAAUCUUGCACGUAAAACCUUUGCACCAAAAUUGCCAAAAGAAAAAGAGAAAUGAGUCCUUAAAAGUGUUUAAAUGCUGUUAAUAAAGCCUUUCCUGCCGUACGCGAGGCGCUCCUCCAUCUCCAGGGGCUUUUCAGCAGUUGUGGGUUUAGUGCUGAAUGGAUGAAGAGUUCCUGAGAGCUGGAGGCGGUAAUUUAAACCUUUGCGUGGUGUCUCAGUGCCUUAUUUUGACCGGUUUUGAAGCCAUUGGUUCCACACGCCUCGGAUGUGCAUGUGCCCUGCUCGCGUCCCGGCCCCGCCGCGCGCUCCGUGCAGUCG